CCAUGAGGUAUCGAGAGCGCUUAUUGUCACUGACACACGAAAAGUGUGCGUGCGUGCGCGCGUGCGUGCGUGUGUGUUGAGUUUCCUGUCGUCUGUCAGCGUCUCAUCAGUGAAGUACGCCUCGCAAAAGGAAACCGGCGUGACAUGUGAAAGCAGCAGAAAACCAAGAAGUCUUCAGAGAGGUGCUAUUUCUCCCUCGCCAAGGUGAGAGGAAAUGGCUGCUGGGCUGGAGCAGGAUUCUCUGGACUCUGGCAUUUCAAAUCGUUUUUCGCAGAUGUCUGUGGAGACCGACUUUGUCCCUGAAGGGCCCAUUCGCGUCCACUUCCAAAUGGGUCUGUUAAAAGAAGGCAUCCGUGUACCCAAGGGCCGGCUGAGUUUCAAAAGCGCCAAGAAGAUAGCGGCGGAAAUCAUCGAGAGGAGGGCCCCUGAUUGGAGUGUAAUAGGUCUUGGUGAGAAGCUGCUGCUUUUCCGACAUGACUCCACGUCUGAGCAGCUCCUCCACAGACUCUCGGAGCAACACUACCUGCACGACGGAGACCUGGUGGAGGUGGUACUUUCUGCUUCUGCGUCACUGACUGAGGUGAAGUUCCGCCCACAUUCUUUGGUGGUCCAGUCUUAUCGCACGCCUACGUUUUGUUACCACUGCGGCGAGAUGCUUUGGGGGAUCAUCCGACAGGGCUUAAAAUGUGAAGGUUGUGGUUUAGAUUUCCAUAAACGCUGUGCACUGUUGCUGCCUAAUGACUGCUCGCGUGUGUACCGGCCAUGUGGCCCCAGUCUGUCACUGUUCCCUCCCUCACGUCCCCGUUCCACCUCCCUCAGCAACCACACUGGAGGCAGUCUCGAGGAGAUCAGUCUCUCUAAGCCGUCGCGCUCUCGGCCCCCGUCGUGGGCUGACAGGCCCAUGUGGUUGGGGUUGUGUGAUGGGGCUAGAGGAGGCAGACCCAUGGUGCCACACACCUUCCAAAUCCACACAUACACCAAGCCCACAGUGUGCCAGCAUUGCCAUCGGCUGCUGAAGGGUCUGUUCCGCCAAGGCCUGCAGUGCUCCGAUUGCAAGUUUAACUGUCAUCGCCGCUGCGAGUCAGAGGUUCCACCAGACUGUAAAGGGGAGCGAGCCAAUGGAGAAGAGAACAACUCGAACCAGGAGCCUGAAUCUGAGGAGGACAUAGCUGUGGUAGCAGUCAACGCUAUUUAUGAAGAGUAUCCAUUUAAAGCGCGCCCUCGCGUGGAGGAGGAGUCUGCGGAGCAACCACCAAUCGAUCCAUGUUUCAGCAAUAACAUCCCCUUGAUGAGGGUGGUGCAGUCAGUUAGACAGAGUAAGAGGAGAUCCAGUGGAAUAAUGAAGAAAGGCUGGCUGUUGCACCAUACCGAUGUAGAUACACUGAGGAAAAGGCACUACUGGGUUCUGGAUGGGAAAAGCAUCACCUUGUACCAGAACGAGAACAGCAGCAAGUACUACAAGGAGCUGCCUCUGUCUGAAGUGCUGCAGGUUCGAGGCUCGUCUGAGCUCACUGUUCCCAUGCAGCUGGACGAAGCUGGUCACUCGUUUGAGCUGCAGACGAGUUCUGUGGUCUACUGCGUUCUCGCAAGCACAGAAGGAGAAGCCUGGGAGUCGGCCAUCAGACUCGCGCUCAUGCCUUUUCAGAGUGUCGGCCUCAACACAACAGGGCCUGCAGAUGAUCGAGCCAUCAGUACAGAAAUCCAGGAUAUUAGUUCGCUGUAUCAGAUUUUCUCUGAUGAAGUGUUGGGGUCAGGACAGUUUGGAGUGGUGUACGGAGGUACUCACAGGCAGACGGGUCGACCGGUGGCCAUUAAGGUCAUCGAUAAAUCUCGCUUCCCGGCAAAGCAGGAGCGACAGAGCAAAAACGAGGUUGCCAUACUGCAGAGUCUGUCCCAUCCCGGAGUCAUUGUACUUGAAGGCAUGUUCGAGACGCCCGAGUGCACUUUUGUCGUCAUGGAGAAGCUCCAUAGCGACAUGCUGGAGAUGAUUCUGUCCAAUGAGAACGGACGACUUCCUGAACGCAUCACGCGCUUCAUUGUUAUGCAGAUUUUGGAGGCCCUGCGCUACCUGCACAUGAGACACAUCGCUCACUGUGACCUUAAACCUGAGAAUGUGCUGCUCGCGUCACCGGAUCCGUUUCCUCAGGUGAAACUGUGUGACUUUGGUUUUGCACGGAUCAUCGGCGAGAAGUCUUUCCGGCGCUCGGUGGUGGGAACGCCGGCGUAUCUGGCCCCGGAGGUGAUCAAGAGCAACGGCUAUAACCGAUCGCUGGACAUGUGGGCUGUAGGGGUGAUCCUGUACGUCAGCCUGAGUGGAACGUUUCCCUUCAACGAGGACGAGGACAUUACCCAGCAGAUCACGAACGCUUCCUUCAUGUACCCUCGGCACCUGUGGGCCCUCAUUUCUCUCGAGGCGGUGAGUCUGAUUACUAACCUGCUGCAGGUGGCGGUGCGGCGCAGGUUCAGUGUGGGGAAAGCUAUGGGACACCCCUGGUUCCAGAACUUCCAGCUGUGGUGUGACCUGCGUCAGUUUGAGCAGCGUCUGGGUCACCGUUACAUCACUCACGAGUCGGAUGAUGAGCGCUGGAGAUGUCACAUUCAGGAGAAAGGCCUCAGUCUUCCUCCUCAUCUACAGACAGAGCAGGGACACUAACACACACACACACACAUGUACGAUGGACAUGUCGGUUAAUGAGGAGAUGUGUGACUGUGGUGUGUGGACUGUACAGAAUCCAGUGCCCUGAUGUGAUGUACAUUUUAUACACACUGACUGUUUUUAAUAAAAUGAUACAAAACUGUGGA